UAAAUAAAGUCGCAGCCACUUGCCCAUUCUCUUGCUCGUACUCACUCCACGAACGCUAGUCUUCCAGUACGAAAAUCUCCUUUCACCCUUUCUCAAGCAGAUGACUGACCGAACACAUUGGCAGCUACGACGUCCCGUUUACAAGUCGAAGCAAACAGUUACAAACAUUCCUACCGACAUACAUAAAUAUAUCCACCACAUGGAUCUAGUAUGAUACUGCUAACCCUGCAACAUUACUGUACCUUUACCGAUCAUUCGUGUUGACAUUACUAUAAUCAUACCUAUUUAGGCAUGCCUCGCGUUGUUUAGAAUAUACUGCUUAUUUACUUAUUUAAAGUUUCCAUCCCCUUGUUUAUCUACUACCACUUUAUCCCAUCUUUUCAGCUUCUUUGUUUAUCGACUCCUUCGUGUCGUAUGAUCCCGAAGCUACACCAAUGACUACGUUCUCGCCGGAUCAAUUGGAGCGAUUGAAUCCGGUUGUCCAACACGAGAUCGAACACCUUCAUCAGUUGCACAUCUGUGUGCAGUCCAACACAAAUCCGCCCUGCAUUGAUGAUAUGGAAACCUAUUCCACCUGUAUGGAUGCGGGUGAAUGGAACGCUAGCUGCCACCUGAAGCUUACCCUGGAGAAGGAAAAUGCUGAAUGCCUUCCCUGUUGCCUACCGCCGCUCAUGGUUCGCUUGGCACCGGACUACGUGACGUCGGGCCAUCUAAACUGGUACUAUUCGCCGAAAUCAGCUUUCCAACCGACAGCAGUGACCCCGCGCAGUGGCUCCGCUUUUACCGCCAGGGAGUGUCGAGAGUUCCUAGACCUUUGCUACUCCGAGUUGGAUCGAUCAUUGCAGCAGCAUCUUCGCAGAAUCACCCACUAUCGACUCAAUCUGAGGCUUGUUGCCAAGUCAUGGCUGGACGCGAUUUGCACAGCCAUGUCUCAGUUCGUGAAGCUCGAUUUGAACGCCCUACUGGCCGCUUGACUUACAAUUGCAGUUGGUAUUUGUCCCUUUCCCAUUUACGCUGCGUCUCUGUACCCUGUUUUUUCGCUCCUGCUUUCUCUUUUUCUACAUGCAUCGAUACAAACCGUCAUCUGUUUUGUCCACCGUGGCCUUUCCACUUCUUCUCUUGAUUGGUUUGGCAACGAUUCUUCCCUCGUUUCUGCCAACACAGUUCCCGCGAGCCUCUCCCUCUCAUUUCUGUUUGACCUCGAACCCCGCAUCCAAAAAGCGGUUAGUAUUAGUGUCUACUUGGCUAACUUUGCUACCACAACACAGCAAGCUGCAUUAGCACCUGUGAGGUUACUAUUGUCGCAAAACUCGGUCCUUCAUGGACAAACGGUUUAUUCAGCAAAGCGAGCUCAUCA